AUGAUUGAAGAGCUCCUCUCUGGGACGUCCCCUGGCCGGGCAUCACUGUGGCUUCUGGGGCUGUUCGUCGCCUUUUGCGUAUUCCGCAAGGUGCAAGCCGCUGCGCAAAUCUCUCGUCUUGGUGCCAGAGCUCCAAAGAUCCAGUUUCGCCUUCCAUAUGCCCUCGACUUCAUCUACAAAGGCCAACAGGCUAACCUGGUAAAUCGCGAUCUUGAGUUCUGGGAUCAAACCAUCAUGACUGCAGGUGGACAGGCCAAUGUGAAAACCGCCGAGCUGGAUGCCGGUAUCUCGACCCGUGCCAUCAUGACCAAAGAUCCUGAGAACAUCAAAGCUCUUCUCACCAGUCAGUUCGCCGAUUACGGCAAGGGCGAGCCAUUCCACAAGGACUGGAAGGAGUUCCUCGGUGACAGCAUCUUCGCCACAGACGGAGAGCUAUGGUCUCGCUCCCGGCAACUCAUCCGGCCCAUGUUCGCUCGCGAGCGUAUCGUCGACACAGAAAUCUUCGAGAAGCACGUUCAGAAACUCAUCCCGCUCCUUGGUGGCAGCCACUCUCCCAGCAGCAGCAAGGUUGUGGACGUCGGCUCGCUCUUCUUCCGGUUCACCCUCGAUGCAGCAACCGACUACCUCCUCGGGCAGGGCACAGACAGCCUCGAGAACCCGGCCACUCGCUUCGCCGAGGCAUUCAGAUAUGUGCAGCAACGUCAAGCGGAGCUUUUCCGCUUCGGAGUCUUCAGCUUCGCCAUGUCACGCGCGGAGUUCCGCAAGAACCUCAAGAUAAUGGAUGACUUCAUCCAGCCCUACAUUGAAACCGUACUGUCCCUCUCCACCGACGAGCUAGACAAAAAGCUCUCAAAGCGCGAGACCUUCCUAGAUGCCCUCGCCCGAUUCACCCGUGACCCACGAGUCCUGCGAGACCAACUCGUAGCCGUCCUUCUAGCCGGCCGAGACACAACCGCUGGAACCCUAUCUUUCUGCCUCUUCGAACUAUCCCGCAACCCAGAAGUCGUCACCAAACUCCGUCAGGAAAUCCGCGAACGCCUAGGCGUAGGCGCCAAGAGCCAAAAGCCCACCUACACCGAUCUAAAGGAAAUGAAAUAUCUCAACGCAGUCCUCCAUGAGACAAUGCGAGUCUACCCAGUCGUCCCAUUCAACGUCCGCUACUCACUCCGCGACACGACCCUCCCACGCGGCGGCGGGCCAGACGGAACAGCACCAGUAGGCGUGCGCGCCAACUCCCGCAUUAUCUACUCGACGAUGCUGAUGCAGCGCGACCCGGAUCUGUAUGACGGGCCAGACUCGCAGAACUACUUCGAUCCCGCGAAGUGGAUUCCCGAGCGGUGGGUUUCAAAUUGGCAGCCGAAGCCGUGGCAUUUCAUUCCUUUCAAUGGGGGUCCGCGGAUUUGUAUUGGGCAGCAGUUUGCGACUAUCGAGAUGGGGUAUACUCUUAUUCGAAUUCUGCAGGCUUAUGAGCGGAUUAUUGCGUUGCCUGUUAAUGGGAAAGAGAAGGUUGAGGAUCCUGUGCUUAGGUUUGAAGUUACACUUAGUCCUGGCUCGGAACUGAAUUGUGUUUUCCUUAAGGAAGGAGAGGAGGUGGCGCGUGCUUCUAAGGAGUAG